AUGGCUAAUGUUCUUCCUCUAACUUAUGAUCAAGCAUCGAGCCAUUUUCCACCAAAGACUAUAUUAUCAUUGGUAGUUGAAGAUCUAAUGGUCGAGCAGUGGAAUUUUGUACUUUCGUAUGAGUUCUAUUGGAAAGCAUGUGCACCAACCUCUUGUAGUUAUACUGUUACAGCAUAUAAAAAUAAUUUCGCUGGGAUAUUACUUAUAAUGAUAUCUAUGAUUGGUGGUCUUUCGGCUGCACUACGAAUAAUUACGCCUUUACUUAUCAACUUUUUUCAUGGUUUAUUUAUACGAAAGCCUAAAAGACAACAACAACAACAACAAGUUCGUCCGAAACUGUUCAAUCGAAUAAAAGGAGUAUUAUCAAAAAUAUGUACACUUAUUUAUACCAAAUUGGUCGAUCUGAAUAUGUUUCCUUUAUGGACUUUUGGCAGUGAUACCAAUCGAAUAACAGCAAAACGCUUUGGUCAAAUGGCAACACGUCUUUACAUUCUUCUACUCAUGAUUAGUUUUACUAUCGUUGCUUUGUAUACUAUCAUUCAACCUCAACUUAUAACGAAGACAUUUAGCAAUCCAUCCCUCAAUCUCUACAAUAAUCUUGUGCAAAAGCAUGAAACUACGCUUCAAUGUCAAUGUUCAUCAAUUUCAUCAACAUAUGAUCAUUAUGUGGAAAUUACACCCGUAUUUCAUCAAGUAAGAUAAAGAUGUUGUUUGAAAUUGUUUAAUGUAAAUGAUAAGAGUAUAUUGAUGUAAAAUGCUCUAAAAUGUACAAUUUAUUCUAUAACUUUUUAAAAGUACUUAUUUCAUGGUUAAAUCUAUAAUCAAUGUAUUAAUCUAUUUAAUUAAAAUAAC